ACAUGCGCGUGAGUCACUGUAUAUAUUGACUUCCGCCUUCUACAAUCUGCCGGCAAAGUGAAGCCGUACUUUUUGGAGACAACAUGCCCGCCACUCUGAGAAAAACCUAUGCCUGCCUUCCCCCUACUGUACAGGGAAUGCCUAUAGUGAUAGGUGGGGAUCCCAAGGGAAAAAAUUUCCUGUACACCAGUGGAAACAAUGUCAUCAUCAGAAAUUUAGAGGAUCCAUCAGAUAGUGAUAUAUAUUCACAACAUUCUUACCCUACCAAUGUGGCCCAGUAUUCUCCCAGUGGGUUCUACAUUGCCUCGGGAGACAAUUCUGGUAAGGUGCGUAUUUGGGACACAGUUAAUAAAGAACACAUUCUCAAGUCGGAGUUCCAGCCCAUAUCAGGUGCCAUCAAGGACAUAGCAUGGACCAGUGAUAGCCAGAAGAUUGCUGCAGUGGGAGCUGGCAGAGAUAAAUUUGGCCAUGUAUUUACCUAUGACUCUGGAAACACCGCUGGUGUCAUUGAGUUCCACAGUAAAGUUAUCAACUCAGUUGAUAUCAGUAAGACACGCCCUUUCCGAUUGGCCACUGGGUGUGAAGACAAGACAAUUGGGUUUUACCAUGGAGUACCUUUUAAAUUCAAUAAGACUAAUCAGUCACACACAUCAUUUGUUCAAGCUGUACGAUUUUCUCCUGAUGGAACCAAGUGUGUAUCUGCAGGUUCUGAUAAAAUGGUCCUAAUUCUUGAUGGAAAGACAGGAGAAGAACUAGGACAGCUUGGAAAUCCAGCUCACAAUGGUGGAGUUUACGCUGUCAGUUGGAGUGGUGAUAGCAAGAAGUUACUGACAGUGUCUGGGGACAAGACAGCCAAAAUCUGGAACAUGGAAACAUUGACCAUGGAGACAGAGUUUGUGUUUGGUAAGGACAAGGAGCACAUGCAGGUGGGGUGCCUGUGGCAGGGAGACACCCUCAUAACUGUGUCACUGACAGGGUUCAUCAAUUACCUAGACCCAGCUAAUCCAUCCACACCCAAGAGAAUUGUCAUGGGUCACAAUAAGCCCAUCACAGCAAUGACUCUAAACCUUGAGAGAGACACCAUCUACACAGCAAGCUCAGAAGGCAGGAUUUGCUACUGGGAUGCUGCUACAGGUGAAAAUGGUUUAAUGAAAGGCAAAGGUCACUCCAGUCAGGUUCAGCAUAUGCUGAUCGUGGGAGAUUCUCUGAUCACUUGUGGUGUAGAUGAUGUGAUCAAGUUCUCUUCCACCACUGCUAAUGAAUAUGGUCAGGACAUAAAGGUGGACUCUCAGCCACAGAUGAUAUCUGCAGUGGACAGAAAUCUUACCAUUGUAGCUUGUACAAAUGAGAUUGUGGUGUUGCGUGAUGGCAGGAUUGUUUACAUUGAGAAGGUCAACUAUGAACCCACAUCAGUCAGUUUACAUCCAGGGAAGUCUUUAGUAGCAGUAGGGGCCAAGGACCACAAAGUACAUAUAUUUGAGUUAAGUGGUGAUACACUUCGUGAAGAACGUACGCUUGAGCACAGGGAAAUGGUGACGGAUGUGAAAUUCUCUCCUGAUGGUGCCUGGCUGGCUGCUUGUGAUGGCAUAAGAUUGGUCAGACUCUAUGAGUUGCCAACAUACGAGGAGAAGUCAAAGGACAACUGGUGUUUCCACACAGCCAAGGUGACUUGCUUAGCCUGGUCCCCUGACUCCAGGCACAUUGCCAGCGGGAGUCUCGACACGGGCAUUGGAAUAUGGAGUGUGGAGAAUGUGCGCAAGACCCUUUUGAUCAAACAGGCGCACCCCAUGAACAAAGUGAAUGCUGUAGCAUGGUUAGAUGACAACACCCUGGCAUCAGUGGGCCAAGGCUCCAAUCUAAGAAUCUGGGACAUAGUUCACGAGGGUUAGACACUGUUCCAGUUAGACAACUAGAUCUAUAUUGAACUGAACACAAUUCUGGGUAAUCAAGUCUCUGGCAGAACUCCUUCAGUUCUCUACUAACUUUAUAGGUGGUUUGUGAGUGAUGUUAUGUGCAAUCCAUCUAUAAGAAAAUCUCCAACUCUAAGGCUUUACUGUAGAAGUGGAGUCACAUUGUUAUGAUGUGGGAGUUCAGUGAUGUCAUAAAGUAUAUACUUUAUAAAGGUGUACCUUAUGUGGUGGCUCCUUGUUAUAGCAAAUUUUACAGAAUAAUUUUGUAUUGUUGUGGAACUGUAUCCACAUGGUGAUCAAGAGAGAAACUCUGUGAGGAAAUCAAACCCAUUCCUCUCAUAGAUAUUGGUCAGGUUCAUAUUAUAAUCAUGCCACGAGGGAUAUUUUAUCAAUGUACAUAAUGUAUACCCAGUGCUUUCAAAUCUGCUAGUGAUUAAUGGAGACUUUCUUUGAUAUAAUCAAACAUAAGGUGAAUAAAAAAUUACCACCAAGUUAAAUUAAACUUUUCAUGGGAGAUUUAAAAUAAAAUAAAGGCAUUUUAAACACUUGAAUAGUAAUUUCUUGAAGGUGAGGAUGAGACCAACUGCUGUAAAAGGAGAAUGAUGAAAAAAAAUUGAUUUAAUAUUUUAGGUGUUGAAAUCAGGAAUGAAGUUAUUAAGGAAGAAAUCAAAAUUUUCAAAUUAUUUGAUCUUUCUACCUAAUUGCAUUUUGAUACUAGACAGACACUUUCUUACAUCAUAUAUAGAUGGAGUAUAGGUAGCUGCAGAAGAGUCCAAAUAAUAUCUGGUACUGAAAAGUAUAAAAAUUAUUUUUGUUAUGAAAUUCAUAACAUUGAGAUAUACAACAGGAUGCACUCUGCUGAAAAACAUUUCGCAAUCUGUGGUUCAGAGGGGCAAUUCAUAGUAGUAAAACUUGGGUCUUCAGCUUUGGAUAGAAUGCUUUUCUGUGAAUAAAUCUACAAAUACAGAAUAAAUUUUACAAUGGUGUUUGUUACUU